AUGAAUAAUAAUUAUUUUGAUUCUUUUUCUAAGGAAGCAAAUAGUGUAGUCAGUUUAUCUCCUCAAUUAAGACAUGUUAAUUAAGAUAAAAUAGAAUUUUAAAAGCCUCUUACUCUAAAUAAAAUGGUAUCUGAUCACAUUUAAAUUAAUAAAAGUACUCAGCAGAGAGGGACAUAAAAUAAUUAUUAAAAACUGAUGUAUGCUAAAUCUUUGAAUUAUGAUCCAACAGGCCAAUCUUUCAGCAUGAAUGAAAAUAGUGAAAUUGAAUAAGGUAUUGAUUUCGAAUAAAAGGAAAGAGCUAAUAGAAGUGUGAUUUUGCAAGAUCUAAAUAAUUCUUCAUUUUAAAAUGAAAAUGAUGCAUUCAGCUCAUUUCAUUAGCAUUCUAAGUAAGAAUAUAGAAGAAAAAAUGGAAACUAUGCUCAUAAUAAAAUUUCUGGAUAGGUCAGUAAUUAGUUAAGUCUAAUGUCAUAAACAAAAAAGCGAUCAAAUUUGAAAGUGUUAUUAAAUUAAAAUGCAGGAUUAAGUACUAAUUCUUUGUCGAAAGAUAAUAGUAAAUCUAGGGCGAGAAAAAUAUCGUUUGCAGGAUAGAUGUAAAAUAACUAAGAUGAAAAAAAAUCUGUUUUUCAAUUUCCUCCUCAGAUGCCAUUCUAAUCUAGUAAACCAAAUAAAGUUAUAUAUUUGAAAUAAAACUCUGAAUCUCUUGAUAGAACAUAAACAGCAAGCACUAGACCUUAAACUACCCAGUUAGGUAUGAGAUAGUAAUAUUUUAGAUUUGGAGAUAGUAAAGGAUUUUUAUAAUCUCCUUAAAAUAAUUCUGUUGAGGUAAUUAUGCAUCCUAAUGAGUUUAGUACAAGCUUUAUAUCUGAUAAAAAUGAUUUUUCUUUAAAUAGACCUAGUACAAAUAAUGCAUCAGUAAGAAGUAGAUUUUAAAGAAAAGGCUUGAGACCGUCUGCUUAAGCUUCUUAGUUUAAUUCUACAUAAAGUAAAAAACAUAAUGAAAUUAGGAAUUAGUAUGAUCUCGAUAAUACAUUUUUGUCUGUAUUUCAUCAAACUUAAUUUUCAAAUGGAGAAUCCAGCAAUGUUACUUCAAAAUAUCUGCAUUAAAAAAGAGCUGAUAGAAAAAGUGUGACUUCAAAUAAUAGCAAAAGAGGUAGUAUCGGUUAAAACUAUGAGAUUUCCAUAAACCUACAGAAUAAUAGCCCUCAAACCGCAUCCACCAAUAAUUAAUCUAUACUAAAGAAAAGAUUUGGUCGCAAAGCAUUUAAAUGUGAAGCCAUUUUAGAUGAAAUAAAUUGCUAAAAUUAAGAAAUACAAAUGAAAAUAGAUCAAAUUAUCAAGGACAUAGAUGAAGACAACUUUAAAAACACAUUUCCACAUUUAAAGGAAUUGAUUAGUAAAGCAGUUGAUAUAAAUGACUUAAAGCUAUUUUGUACAAUUUCAGAAUUUAUGGCUGAUUUAGCUCUUGAAAUGCAAGAUAUCAAAUCAGCUGUUUUUCUAUAUGAUUAAUUUAGAAAUUUGUCUACAUAUACAAAAAACUAUUCAAAAAAGGCUAAAUCUCUUCUUCAGCUUGCUAAAUGCGCUAGAUAAAUUAAUUUUUACUAGGAAGCAAUAAUAAUAUUGAAGAAAGCUCUUCAGUAUGCAUGGUACUCCAAAGAAAAUGACAUUGAGUUGGAAAUUUACGAUGAGUUUGGAAGAAAUUACUACUUUCAAGGAAAUAUCAUGAAGGCAUAAUACUAUCAUGAAAGAUUCAUGAACUGCGAAUACGAAGAUGACCAAUCUCCUACAAAAUAAUUUUCUGAAGAAAAUCUAAAUACUUUUUUUAAGACUCUAUAAUUUACUUUUACAGAUGUUACAAGUCUACUUUUAGCAUAUUUGAAGAUUCCUAUUUUAACUAUUGAGGAGAUGCCUUAGUAUGGUAAUAUAAAUUAAACUAAUUACAUAUAAGGUAAGACUCCAAGAAUUAAUGUAAAUGAUUGCAAUUAAUUAUAUUUUGAUAAUUGUGAUCCAAAAGAAUUGCUGUAAAAAUUAAUUAUCGGGGAUGAAUUUUACAUCUAAAUUUAAUCACCAAAAUUUGCAGUAAAGAUUGACGAAAUGGAGUUAAGUAAGUUGGCUAAAAAAAGAAUAGAUAAAAUGAUGUUCAGAUAAACCAAAGCCAUUUAUGAAAUUAAAAAGCUAGGAAAAAUAGAUCUCGCAAGCAAACUUAGAGAUUUUACAAAUCCAUUUAAGUAUAGAGUGCCAUUAGAAAAAAAAAUAGAUUAUUUAAAAAAGUAAAAAAUAGAUGUUGAUAUAGAUUCAAAAUUGGAAAAAGUCAGAUAAUCAAGAACUUAAAGAAAUGAAGAUAAUAUUAGAAAUAGAGUUUAUAAUAAUUCUUUAUAUAAAAAUCCUAAAAACGUAAGCCAGAACUCAAAUAGAAAACCUAUAACAAACAACUAUAAAAACAUGUAUAAAACUUUUAUUAUAGAUUACCUUGAUAAAAAGAAUGACCUAUCCUUGUAAGAUAUUUUUUGA